GUUUUGAUAUUUAAAUUCAAGUCUCUUCUACCAGGUACAGCAUCCUGCUGCAAAAAUGAUUGUAAUGGCCUCUCACAUGCAAGAGCAAGAGGUUGGAGAUGGCACGAACUUUGUUCUGGUAUUUGCUGGAGCCCUUCUGGAACUAGCUGAAGAGCUUCUGAGAAUUGGCCUGUCAGUUUCAGAGGUAAUAGAAGGUUAUGAAAUAGCCUGCAGAAAAGCCCAUGAGAUUCUUCCUGAUUUAGUCUGUUGUUCUGCAAAAAACCUUCGAGAUGUUGAUGAAGUGUCAUCUCUGCUUCAUACCUCCAUAAUGAGUAAACAAUAUGGUAAUGAAGUGUUUCUGGCCAAGCUUAUUGCUCAGGCAUGUGGUGAGUAUAUCAGUAAAUGAUGAAAAGCUCCAAAAUAA